AUGCCCGUGGGUUCCACGUCGGCGCCAUUGGCGGGAAAUCGAAGCAACCACUUCUUUCUCACUCCCUCCCUCACUCACUCAUUCCGUAUCCCACAUGCUUUCUCAUCUCCUCACCAUUCUAUUCCUUCUUUUUCCCCCACCCACACACUCUACAGUGGUCAAAGACCAUCAUCAUCCAUCCCAUCCCAUGCAUGCAUCUUCAUCCAUGCCGUGCGUCACGUGAUUCCCAUUAUGACAAGUGAAAAUAUCUUACUCAGAAUGGGACACCAAAUUAUGCACCACACACUCUCCCUCUGCACACACACUCGCAUCACAAUCCGUUAUAAUUUUGUAGCAACGGAAGCGUUCUUAGGUUUAGUCACCGUUGGCGGCGCAAAAAGCUGCAUGUCAGAGACCAACUCUCUCCACCCUCUCUUCUUGGCGCGUGUGAUGCACCUGGUGUGGGAGGCUAACAACGGAUUCAUCCCCAUCGUUGGAUUCAUUCGUGGGGAAACAGAAGACUCGAAUUCCAAGGAAAUAUCGAAAACACGCACAGGAGAGAGACAGAGGCAAAGACACUCUAGCGUCCUCCGUCUCACUGGAAACAAACAAGGACUUGUUGCGGAGUGGAGUGUUUUGGAGGAUUUCAUAUACAAAGAUUUUCUUAUCUCUUCAUAUUCUUAA